AUGAACAACAACGAGAUAUUGCUGGACCACUCGGCAAUGGCCGAAGACUUGUCGGAGCGCAGCGAGAAGGUCCUGUCGCAUCUCACCAACUUCCAUCCUUGUAAGAAUUUUGUCAAUCUGAUGGACGCGGCUAAAUCCGAGGACGUAGCUAUGGUCGGGGGCAAACUCGCCGGCACUCCCGAGAUGCCCAUGGCGCUGGACAAGCCCAAGGAUUACGUCAUUCAGAGGAGCGAACUGCACAAGGAUGCACCGAGCGCGGAUGAACCGACGGCUGGCUUCUUCCGGCCCAAGGAGUUGGACGGCCGCAACGAGGCUAUGUACAGCUUUUGCAGAGAAAUCCGGGAAAUCCGGCAGAAGAGCCUGCACGCGGCCCUCGAGAGGACGGCCGUGAGCGGCAAGGACCUCGAGCUGAUUAAGACGUACGGCCUGCCUCUUGAGCGCAUAAAGGAUUUUGGUGGCUUCGCCUCGCGUAUUGGCAGCAUCGCCCUCGAAAAGCUCAGAGCAGCACCGCUACACGCGGGGGACGGCUCGCCGACUCUGGAGCCAGAGGAGCUCAAGAAUCUGCAGCAUAUCCAGUCGCGGUCGCAUGCACCGGCUCAGGUCGGGGCAACAUUGGCCUUCGAGCGUCUGAGGCACGCGCACUCACUAUUUCAAGGCGGCAACGGCAACGACUCUGUUCAGGUCACAGGCCAAUUCCCUCAGACACAUAAUCACCAUCAGCAGCAGCAGCAGCAGCAGCAUCAACAGCACCAUCCUCAUCAUCACCAUGCCAUCACGCAAAUCACACACGUGCAGCACAGUGGCACGGCACAACAACAACACCAGCAACAAGCUAAAUCGUUCACGAUCGAUGCGAUACUUGGCCUUCGGGGUGCCGGUCAAAGGGACAAGCAUCAGCGGCAUCAGACUUACAGAAAAUAUCAAGGUCAAGAUGGCGGGGCAAAGAGCUUAACAGCGGGAUCGUGUUCCAACGGGACUAACAACAGCGGGAACAAUGUAAGCGGAAGCGGUGGCAAACUCAAGCGCGUGCGUACAAUUUUUACGGCCGAGCAAUUGGAGCGGCUAGAAGGAGAAUUCGCCAGACAACAAUAUAUGGUGGGACCAGAACGACUUUACUUGGCGCACGCCCUUCGACUUACAGAGGCUCAGGUGAAAGUCUGGUUCCAGAAUCGGCGAAUAAAGUGGCGCAAGCUCAACCACGAGAAGCAGAGCCAAAGGCUGCACGAGUUACACCAGAGCGGCAUAUCGGCAAUGGAGCACGAGGACAGCAAUGAAAACGUAGUCGAGUGGUGAAUCUCCAAAGCUUCGCGCUUCAUUGGA